CGUUCGUCCUGCUCGGCCGCGUACAGAUCGAUCAAAAGAUCUUCUCGUUUACGAGCUUGGUCCUGUAAAUUAAAAAUAGUAGGUAAGUUAAUUAUUUCAAUCAAGUACUCAUUUACUUUUAGAAACUUUAGAAAGUCACUAGGGCAAAAAAAACAUAAAAGUAAAAUAAACUAAAAAUAUAAUGUCCGUCGAUUUAACCCUCGAUGCUGGAGAGGAAAUUCGAUUCCUCAACAAGAUAGGUGACACGGUGAAGCAUUUAUUGAAACGAACACAUUUCAACGCCAGGGAGCUGGAGGUAGUUCUGCUGAUCUAUUAUAAACUUUUGAGGGAUGAAAUUGUUCCCGGAGCUGCUCGUCGCCAGGAGCAAGUCAGCCGGCACCAGUUGACAAUCGUAUUCGAUACCGUCUUCGGCCUCAAGGAUAACAUAAUGUUGGGACGGAUUUUCGCCGCCCUCGACAAGGGUGUGACUUCCUGUAUAACAAUGGAAACGUGGGCCAUCACUCUGUCGCUUUUUCUGAGGGGAACCUUCGAGGAAAAGAUAAAAUACUGCUUUCGGGUGUACGACAUUGCCGGUGAACGAGUGAUUCGUCGAGACCACAUGAUGAUUCUACUUAGAAGCGCUUUUAUCAAGCAUCAAGAGGAGGAAGUGGAAGAAGCUGUUAAGGACAUGGUCGACAUCAUCAUACACCGGAUGGAUAUCGAUCGAGACGGAGCCAUCUCUUUCGAGGAUUACAGAGAAACGGUCCGUAAAACGCCCGGUUUGUUAGAAUGUUUUGGCCAGGCGUUGCCCGAUAGGAGUAGAAUUUACUCUUUUUCAAAAACUUUCCUUGACAGAGUCAGAAAAUUCUAGUUUUAAUUUUGGCGCGGUUUAAGAUAAAAUGAUGGUAAUAAAUGA